CUCUCGCUGAAAGGGUAUACUAGAAGAUAAAUUGGAUCCCUCACCAUGCCGCCACCGAAACCGACCCGCCUCUUCACACGCCCAGGCGCGAAACCGCGCUCCCUGACAUCCUCCGCGCCGCGCCGACAAGCACACACCCAACCACGACCUCAAACGCAAACACAAACACAACCACCCUCGUUCUUCUCCGCCCUACGAUCCCGCUACGCCUCCCUCCCAUCUCCCAUCCGCCGCUCCUUCCGCGCCCUCCGCAUCGCCGCGCCCCUCCUCCCCAUCGGGCUCUUCUUCUCCGAACACAUCUGCCAGAUCAUGUGGGUGCGCGGGCCCUCGAUGACGCCGUGCCUGAACGAGGACUACGACGUCAUGCACACGAAAAGCGACAUGGUGCUGGUGAACAUGUGGCCGUUUGGAGGCGCCGGGUGGCCGUGGCAGAGGCAGAGGAGGCUGGAGAGGGGGAUGGUGGUUACGUUUCGGUCCCCUGCGAACCCAUCGCAUAUCGCUAUUAAGCGCAUCAUUGGCCUCCCCGGCGACCGGAUCACGACGCGCGAGCCCUGCAUGAAAGAAGCGCAGAUCGUGCCGUUCAACCAUGUCUGGUUGGAGGGUGACGCGGCUGACCCGAAGCGCUCGCUGGAUAGUAACACGUACGGGCCGGUGAGUAUCAGCUUGAUCACGGGGACGGUGAUGGCGGUGAUGUGGCCGCGGUGGAGGCCGAUGCGGUGGGAGGAGUGGGAGCAGGGCGUGGUGGAUGGGAGAGAGGGGUAUCGGCAGGGUGUGAGGGAUAGGGUGGUUAAGGAGGCGGUGAAGUUGGAUAGACCGGCGUUGAGUUGAGGGUAAGGCUAUAUGCUAAUCAUGGGCUCAGUUGAGCUGGUUGGUUGGUUGUAUUAUAUGUAGAUGCAAAGAGAGAUAGAUAGAUGGAUAGAUGUAUUAUGUACGAAUAGGAUAUGUGUGGUAUAGAACAAAAGAAAAGAAAAAGAGAGAGAGAGAGCGUGAUUAACCCGGAGAAUCGGGAAAGGAAGGAGAAGGAUCAAACAAGUCGAAU